ACUUUAUUCAGUUGCUUCUCGAGCAGUUAUAAGGCACUUUUAGCUGAAUGCCGAAACUUUACUCGGUUGCUUCUUGACCAGUUGCAAGGCACUUUAAGCUAACCAAGAAAUAAGAACACUAUUCACAUGGCCAAUUUGGUCUAUAUAAAAACUGUUUGAGCUCUUUAUAGGUUGCUUCAAACACAAAAUUGGAAUCUAAGAGGUACUUGCUUUUGACAAGUUGGUUCUCCUUCUUCACAAAAGAUCUCUGCUUAUCUAUGGUGUUCUUUCUUUCAAGUAAUGAUGGGCCUUCCUUCCAAGCUGCUUUGCUUAUUACAACAAUCUGUACAAACAACGACAAUCCUGUCAAUACACGAUGAUUACAGACUAGAUGUUAGCCAACUACACAUUCAGGAUUGUAAAUGGUCUGAUACCGAUGAGACUUCCAUUUUUCUACAUAUGCUGGAAAUUUUUUCGGUUGUUCCAAGGAUGGAAAGUUGCUUCCUUUGUCUUAGGUUUAGUAUUUUCUCAGAGUCUAUCUCAUAUCGUAGCCAUCUCCAACUUGAUGCCCUACCUUAUAAAUGUAUUGGAAGAGAAGCUCCCACUAGCUGCAGCAACUGCAAACUUAAGAACAGGAAUCACAGCCAUAAUGGCGAUCUUUGGAGCCCAUCUUUCUGACGCUUAUACUGGGUUCUACCGAUUGAUAUUUUACUCCACAAUAAUAUAUAUAACAGGAUUGUUGCUAUUAACAAUUUCAGCUUUUAAACUACAUCCGGAAGCCACAAGUGCAUAUGGAAGCUCGGAUAGGCUCUGGGUUUUCCGAAUGGCAUUGUUACUAGUGGCACUUGGCAAAGCUGGCCAUACACCAAUGUUAAAAGCCUUUGGAGCUUGUCAGCUGAAGUCUAGAGGAGCAGAAGAUGAUGAAAGUGAUGAUAAAGUUCAUGCUAGGUUAAACUGUUGGUGGUGCAUAGGUGUGAAUGCUGGUGCCUUUUGUGGCAUUCUGCUACUUGCCAUUGUUGAAGGUAGGCAGUACUGGGUAGCUGGUUAUGGUGUAUUGACACUGACAAUGUGCAUCGCCUUCUGUAUAUUUGUUCUUGGUAAACCGUUAUACAAAUGUGUUGAACCACGUGGGAGUCUUCUCUCACGUGCAUCACGUGUUUUGGUGGCUGCAUUCUUCAAAAGACAUCUUGAUGUUCCUACAGAUGCCAGUCAGCUGUACCAUGGAGACAGUAAUCAGUUACUUCACACAGAUAGCUUAAGGUGCUUGGACAAGGCUGCCAUUGUAGAAUCACAGAGUUCUGAACUCAACGAAGACAGAACCAAAAGGAGACUUUGCACAGUUAUGGAAGUAGAAGAAACUAAGCUUCUCUUGAGGAUGUUUCCAAUAUGGACUACCUUCCUUAACUAUGGCCUAGUGAAAUCCCUGGGGAGCACUUUCUUUCUUCAGCAAGGAAGCAACAUGGACCGAAAAUACAGCCUAGGAAACGUUCCACUUCCAUUCCUCUUAAUAUUUACCAGAUAUGUAAGUGGACAAAUAAUUUGGCUAAAUAAGAGACUAUCAAAAGCAUACCCAGAAUUGGAACAAGUGAUGACACCGCUGGUAAGAAUAGGAAUAGGGUUGAUCUUUGGCAUACUUUGUUGCAGUAUCGCCUCAUCAGUGGAGGCUAAAAGGUUCGAUAUCGUUAAGAGACAUGAUUUACAAGACAGACCUAAAGAGACUCUACCCAUCAAUGUCUUUUGGCUAACUCCUCAGUUCAUGUUAUUAGGUGCUAUGGAUGGAUUCACUUAUCCAGGCAUCAAAGAUUUCUAUUACAACCAAGUUCCUAAGUCAAUGUGGUCGUUUGGACCUUCGUUUACCUUAAGUGUGAUUGGAUUCGGAAGUCUACUCAGUGUAAUUGACAUAGCUGCAACAGAUAAAGCAAGUAAACAAGGAGGACGAACAAGUUGGUUUGCUGAUUCCAUCAAUAAGAGUCGUCUAGAUAUUUUCUAUCUAUCACUAGUGAUAUUAAGCUGUAUCAACCUAGUUUUCUAUGGUUUUCUAGCACGCAAAUAUACCUACAAGAAAGCUGUUUCUGAAGAUGACCCAGAUUCUGGCGUCAUCGAUACAAUGAGUUUUUAACAUCCAAAUCAUAUAGAGAACUUCAUUCUUCCUUCU